AUGGCUUCAACUUCAAUGAAAGGUCUUAGCGACAAAGAAAUACAAGCUAAAAUUGACAAACAGGUGAUCGAGUACCUCAUCAAAAAGGGCUACACCAAGACUGAGCAGACCCUCCGCCAAGAGUCAUCGCAUCUCGACAAAGAUGGCAAGCCCAUCCACGAGAGAGUCGAGGAUUUGGGUACUGCUAAAUUCGCGAGAGCCUUUCACUUACUCAGCAAUUGGGUCGAUUCAAACCUCGACGUCUACAAAUUUGAAUUACACCGGCUUCUAUGGCCGAUGUUCGUUUAUUCAUACUUCGACUUAAUAGUUCAUGGCUUCGCCACCGCUGGGGAAAGUUUGUUCCGGGAAUUCUCUCACCGCUUUGAAAAGAAUCACCAUGACGAACUCCAAAUUUUUCAGACCGUCAAGUUACCUCAACACGUGCUUGAGAACACUACCACCAAGCUCUAUUUGGACAACAAGUACCGCAUACCACUCAACAUCCACUGCUAUUACAAUCUUGUCACCUUCCUGGAAUCUAACGGCAAGGUUGGUGGUACCGUGAUUCUCUACCUCCUGCAGACGUACUGCGAAGUGCGCGAAACCAGCCGAGGCCCUAUCGACCAAUUCAGCUUUGAGGCUAUCAUCAACCAAUCUAAGGGUGUUGAGGGCGACGAGCCGGAUUUUCAAGAAGGCAUCCCGGGAGCAUUCACUGGGGUUAUCAACAGGGAUAUGAUGAAUACCACUUACGUUCUCCGACUGGGCAUGAUGCCGAUGGAGCCCGAACUUGCACAAGAUGUUCGAGCUGAGUUGGAGGAGGAAGAUGCCAAGCAUGCACCCGGACCUGGUCAGCUUUCCUUGGUUGAGGAAUUUGAUCAGAACAUUAAACGCGAAGAAAGCACCGAUGCACCCAGCCGCAAUGAAAUUCCAUUGCCACCAUCGCGUGCUCGAGACGUCGUCAUGGAGGUUCAGAAGGUCAAAGAAAAUAGAGACCGCUUUAGGAUUGAGGGUCGCACCGGCGGGGUUGGAGUUGGCGUUUCUGUCUGCAUCUUUACCUUCCAUAAUACACUUGACAGUAUCACCUGCAUCGAAUUUUCUGAUGAUACGAACCUUGCUGCUGUCGGUACCGAGGAGUCUUAUAUCCGUGUUUGGAACCUGCAUGGCGAUGUUCUCACUUCAAUUCGGCCGAGUGAUACAACUAAGCCAAGCUCCCGCCGUCUUAUUGGCCAUUCUGCCCCCGUUUACAGUGUCUCCUUCUCUCCCUCAAUCCUCGGUCCCGAGGAUGCCGACGACACUGUACCAUCGACUGCCCCGAGACUCCUCUUGUCCUCAUCAUCUGACAAGACCGUUCGUCUUUGGUCCCUCGAGACUUGGACUUGCCUAGUUGUUUACAAGGGCCAUGAGGGUCCAGUCUGGAAUGUACGCUGGGGACCGUUUGGCCAUUACUUCGCAACUUCCGGCUGGGAUCAUACAGUUCGAGUCUGGGCCCAGGAUCACAUUUCCUACCUCCGCAUGAUGGUCGGUCACGAUUCAAGCGUCAGUCAGGUCGCCUGGCAUCCAAAUGGAGCUUAUGUCUUCUCCGCCAGUGACCAAGUUGACAAGUCCGUCCGUAUGUGGGCCUUUACAACUGGAGAUUGCGUCCGAGUGUUUACAGGCCAUACGGAGAACGUCACCAGCCUCGAAUGCAGUCCAAACGGAAAGAUAUUGGCGUCGGCAGAUAUUGGAGGAAGCAUUAUUCUUUGGGAUCUUGCCAAGGGUACUCAAAUCAAGCGGUGCCGAGGCCAUGCGAAAGGUGGAAUCUGGUCACUCUCCUUCAGCGUCGAAUCCACUGUUCUAGUGUCUGGAGGUGCCGAUGGCACUGUUCGCGUUUGGGAUGUCGAAGUUCCUACCGAUCCAUACAAGGAUGGUGGUAGCGAGGUUAUUGGUACUGGAGGACAGGCAGAUGCAACUCGAAUCACUGGCGCCGCUGCUGCUGGAUCACAACCUACUACUGCAGCUGGAGUUGGUAGCAAGAAGAAGGGGAAGGAAAUUACUAUCACUCCUGAUCAAAUUAGCGCAUUCCCAACCAAAAAGACACCAGUCUAUAAGGUUAAGUUUACGAGAAUGAACUUGAUUAUGGCUGCUGGAUGCUACAUGCCGUGA